AUGGGUAAGGGAUGGAAUUUUGUACUGAUUUCUGCAAUCCUUUGCAUUGCGAACGCUGAAAGUGUAAGACAUAAGAUAUUUCCAACUCCGCAAGAAUUCAGCGAGGGAGAAAACGUGCUUACUUUUGACGCUUGCGAGUUUGAUAUUAAGCAUAACCAAGAAAAAGCUCCAAUUGAUGUAAAUCCAAUCAUAAAAAAAUACAAAUCACGAAUAUUUGGGAAAAUUUUAGACUGCCCAUCGUAUUUUCUAUCAAAAAGAGUCUUAGAAAUUCAGAUUCCUACUCUAAUUCAAGAGUAUUUCCCAGCAAAAAUUGAAGACACUGAUGAGAGUUAUUCAUUAAAAAUAACAGAAACUGAAAUUAUUUUGAGCGCAAACCAGUACUCAGGGUUAGUUCAUGGUCUCGAAACGUUUUCAAGGCUUAUAAAGCCUUCAGAUAAUGGAAAAUAUGUGAUAGAAAAUGUGCCAAUUACUAUCCAGGAUAUACCGAGAUUUAGUUAUAGAGGGAUUAUGAUAGACACAGCCAGGCACUUUAUAGGCGCCCAGUCCAUAAUGAGGGUUAUUGAUGGGAUGGCGAUGGCUAAGCUGAAUGUUCUCCAUUGGCAUAUAGUAGAUGACGACUCUUUCCCAAUGGAGUCUCUUUCUUUCCCUAGUCUGGCAAACUACACAGCUUUUUCACUCCUCCAAACCUACUUAAAAGAAGAAAUCCAAAGCAUCGUUUCCUAUGCAAAUACCAACGCUAUAAGGAUAAUUCCAGAAUUUGACAAUCCAGGACACACAAGAUCUUUAGGCCUUGACCCUUCAUUUAAUCCUUUAGUAACUUGCUUUAAUACUCAUUGGCCUUACUCAAUGCCAAGUGGUCCUAAAAUUCAAGGAGGCCCUCCUACAGGUGCUUUGGACCCUUCAAAUAGCACGACUUACUCCUUGAUUGCUGGAAUUUUCCAAGACCUGAACUUCUAUUUUCCUGACUCUUACGUACAUUUAGGUGGCGAUGAAGUCAUUUUUUCAUGCUGGAGCUCAGUUCCUGCGAUAGUCCAAUUUAUGCAGCAAAACAAGAUCCAGACCUACCAAGCCCUAAUGAACUAUUACAUAAACAAAGCUCGAGGUGUGCUAACUUCAGUAAAUUCUAUGGUUGAGGCGGAAAAAAAUAUAUUGAUGUUUAUUUUGAUUUUCCUAAGCCUAGCUAAAGUUGAAAUUCUUAGCCCACUUAAUACGGCCUUGACUGGAAUUUCAUAUUUAAGGAAUAAUAGUAAUUGUUUGCAGCAUUAUUUUUCGUUUUCUAAAUAAACCCACAUUUUAAUUUUUGAGCACUUAAGAUUAUAUAAAUAUCAGCGAUUUCAAAUUAAGAUUUUUUAUUCAAAAUAUUAUCAAUUUUAAUUUCAUUUAGAUGUUUGAGAUCUAGCACUUGCUACGCUUAAUAUAUUAAGCCAAUUUAUACGAAACAGACUAGCACUUGAUUACAUUUUACAAAUAUUGGCUUAGAUUUUUAUUAUAUUUAAUAUUAAUUAUUAUUAAAAAUAUUUUUAAAAUUAUACCCUUUGAUAAUUUAAAACUAAUGGAUUUUAUUUAAAGCCUGAGUAUUAUUCUAAAUAGCGAAGGGUUUCGCCUAAGAUGUGCAAGAAUGAAGUCUAUUGGAACAGUUGCAUUUUCAAUUAUGACGAUAUACACCAUAGCAUGAGCUAUAUGAAGCAGAACUUGUAUUAUUUUUAUGAUAAUUUUAUAAUAGUCCACCAUCAAAACACAGAGUGAUUUUUCACCUGCUUUUUUGCGCCUUUUUUUUGAGCACCAGAAAAAUAGUGGAAGUUUUUAUACCAAUUUUUUAUGUGAAGUUUUUUAUACUAAUUUUUACUUUUUUUUUAAAUGCGAUGUUUUUUAUACUAAUUUUUUAAUUUUUUUUAAAUGCGAUGUUUUUAAUUUUUAUAUACCCUUUGUAUCUAAUUUUAAUUUCAUAAAUAGCUAUUCAUAAGUUUAUUUCAUGUACUUAUGAUCAUAGAUCUUUAAUUACUCAAUAUGCUAUGUUUCAUAUUUUAUCUUUUUCACUGUGUAGAUUUUUCAUACUAUUUAAAAUUAAUUUUCGAUAAAAAAUAUAGAGGUUUCCUCUAUAUAGCGCUAAAAGCGCAGACAUUUUCCCAGGAGCUUUCCAAGUUCGUCGGACCAAAUCGCUUUUUGGUCCGACCAAGGCAUUGAUUUGGUGCAACCUACCGAUAAAUUCCGAUCAGAAUUUAUCGGCCUUACAGCGCCAAACAUAGGAAACUUCUAUAUAUCAUAUGUGCUAUACUAUUUGUGCUUUCAUUUAGAGAUGCCUUAUUUAAAUUUAGUGAGAAGACAACGAGUGUAUUGAUAUAUUUGAUGUUAGCCUGCUAUCUCAUUGUUUAAUAUAGUUAGUGACACUGACUAUAUAAAUUGCUCCUGAAGGUAUUUUUUUUCUAUACCGUUUUUUUACCUGUUUUUUGGCAAAAACGUACUGUUAUGCUUUUCAGCCCUCACUUUGCAGUCUUUUUUCUUUAUCAGCGCAAUGCGUUUAAUACUGAAAAUUUUUUUUGAAAUUUUCAGUCAUUUUUGACUAAAAAAAAAACAGGCGGAAAUUCAUCAACGUAAUGUUUCUACCUCACUCAAAUUCUACUAAAACUGCAUUAUAUUGGCUUAACGAAGCAACGUUUUAUUUGCAAGUAAAAUCAACAGAUAUCUUAGAAUAUUGGGGAUUAUCAGCAAACAUAUCAAAAUUAGCAACUUUAUACCCUAAUAACAAAAUAGUGAUUGCACCAAGCGACGUGUAUUAUAUGGACUGUGGUAUGGGAAAUCCAUACGGAGGUAUAUCUUGGUGCGACCCUUAUCAUAGCUGGUGGAGUAUCUAUCUUUUAGAACCAACCCAGUAUUUAAGUGCUAACCAAAUUUUGGGAGGAGAAGUCCCCAUGUGGGCUGAACUGGUUAAUGAUUGGAAUAUUGAUGGAAAAAUCUGGCCGAGGGCUGCUGGUUUAGCUGAGAGAUAUUGGAGCCAAAAUUCGAAAGUAAAUGUGCCUUCACUUGUAACGAGUUUGAAUUCACUGAUUGUAGCAAUGAAUGCUCAAGGGAUAGGUGCGAGUCCGAUUACUGGGCACUAUUGUGAAAUCAAUGGGAGCUUUUGCUUUUCAACACCAUCCUAA